AUGUAUUCAAGAAAGCAUAGCCAGAUCUGCGCCAUGAGAGUUCCACGCCCCAGACCGACGCUUCAAUUGUACUAUCUGCGGCAGCCGAAAAAAGGCACACUUCUGGCAAUUCUCGGCCACAUCAUAUAUCCAUAUCCCUAUGUAGGCUACAAGGUCGUAGUAGCCGGAGAGGAUAUUAAAAUGAUGGAUGAGAAUGAACUAAACCGCACUUCCAAUGGAACGAAACUCCUGCAAAAGUACAAAGCUACAAUCCAGGCCAAACGUCGGAACAAAAACGAAAGUAAAAAUUACAUGAUUCACAACAAAAAGACAAAAGACCUUACAGAGGACACCAUUCGUAAAAUUUUGUCCCAUCGUUCGGUCGGCGGUAAGGAAAUGUAUUUGGUUGCAUGGCAUGGCUGGAAGUCUUCGGUUUUCAAUACCGAACAUUCGGAAGCCGAAUUUCGGGGAAACUGUCGAGCCAUGCUACAAGAAUACAAGCGAGCGAGUUCCCUGUAA